AUGUCGCAUCCAACAUUCGACCCGGAAACAUUCACCAUAACUACCUCAGACGGGACCCUCCUCCUUCGACCAGUCCGUCUCUCCGAUGCACCGAAUUUACGAAACCGGGUCGCAAACCCACACAACGUGCGCUAUCUCCCCCAUUUGCAGGGUAAAGAAUCCCAAACGGUAGCCCAAGUCGAGGACUGGAUCCGAACCGUUCAAUCCGCCUUCAAUCGCGAUUCUCUCUUCCUAGUCAUAGUCGACACUAUCACUCAAAAAGUGAUCGGAGAAGGUCCAUUAGGAUUCAUCAACUGGACCGAGCGUUGGGCUGAGUCCGGAGUGAUGUUGGACUACGAAGAAUGCGGCAAGGGAGUUGCGAGCAAGGUGCUCAACACAACGAUGGACUUUGCGUUUAAAGAUUUAGAGUUGAGUGAAGCGAAGUACGGGACGCUACAAGAUAACGUGGCGAUGGUCAAGGUGUUGAGUGAAAAGUUAAGAGUGAAAGGGAAGGGGGAGGAGAAGGUUAGGAAAGAUGGCCUGGUUGAGUUGAAUUUCGUUUUUAAGAAAGACGACUGGCUUAAAGCGAUGGAACAGAAGUCUUGGGCAGAAAAAUAA